AUGCCGCCUGCCGAUCUUCCAGCAGCUGCAGACUCAGCGAACUUCUACCGGUGGCCAGAGUUCUUGGCCCGGGAGCCUCCCACGACAAUCGGAAUUGUUCUGGGGAGUGGACUCGGCGACUUCGCGAAUGACCUGGAAGAUCCCAUCUACUUGAACUACAGCGACAUCCCUGCCUUUCCGGUUUCCACCGUUGAAGGCCACGCCGGUCGCUUUGUGCACGGUUAUCUCCAUGGGGUGCCUGUGCUCAUGAUGCAGGGGCGUGUCCACCUCUACGAAGGCUACACUGCCCACGAAUCUGCCUUCCCCGUUCGCGUGAUGAACAACUGGGGCAUCAGGACACUUCUCCUGACCAAUGCGGCCGGUGGCAUCAACAAGAACUUUCCGACUGGCGAUCUCAUGCUGAUUGCCGACCAUAUAAACCUUCUAUUUCAAAAUCCCUGUGUCGGACGCAACGAUCCGAAGCUGCCACGCUUCUUUCCCAUGAACGAUGCUUACUCGCCGCGCCUGAGGAAGAUCGUGCAGGAGAUUGACCCGGAGGUGCGCUCCGGUGUCUAUGCCGCCAUGCUGGGCCCAAACUACGAGACUCCCGCGGAGAUCCGAAUGCUGCGACUGCUGGGCGUUGACGCGGUCGGGAUGAGCACAGUGAACGAGUGCAUCGCAGCGCGCCACCUGGGUUUGGAAGUUGUCGGGUUCUCCGUCAUCACCAACGCGACGGUGGAUGAGGACCUGUCUGAGGAGAAGGUGGAACACAGUGAAGUCGUCCAGGUAGGCAAGGCCGCUGGCCCGAGACUACGGUCCAUCUUGCUGCGGCUGAUUCCGCAGAUCUAG